GAUGCCUAUAUUCAAUAUGGCGGCUUCCUCUCUUUUUCGCUUUCAUCUAAUUAGCUGAGUUUUAUUAAUUGUUGUAAAGACACCUAAUAAGAAACAUCAUCUAGUACAGCGUUUUUAAAUAUUUUUCAACUGCAAAAAACACUGUGGUCUCUCUAACACUUUUAACGAGAAAUUGGUCAUUGUUUCCCCCAUUUCUCAUUUGGCACCUAGUCCGCCAUGGAACCAAACGAGCAACAAGAAGAGGUAAAGCCGAAACCUCAAGAAACCACCGAAACCGAACAAGCCACCACCAGUGUCAUAAUACGCCGCCAAGUCAUAACCACCGCUGGAACAAUCGAAGACAACAUCGAAGAAGUUGAGCAAAUAGCCGGCGAAGAAAUCGUCAACACUUCCGAUUCACCUGUGCAACAAGUGGCCGUAGAUCAAGAACCGAAUGUGGUUCAAAUUGUACAAUAUGAAGACCAACCGGCUUCCGAACAACAUUACGAAGAAGGGGCGCCAUCAGUGUACGUGUGCACCACGGAAGCAUAUCACGCUCAAACCGACUAUCCUCAGCAGGAAACGGUGGCUUACACCACGCUCGAUAUUCCCGCAAACGCUCAAGCCAUUACAACGAUUGAGACGACUGAAUAUGCAGAUUUGGAGAGUGUUAACAACACCACAUACAGUGCCCAAUAUGGAAGUAAUGACGCCACGCAAUAUAUCCAUACACAGUACCCAGCUGAUUAUGGAAAUUAUCCAGGGGAGAGGGCUGGGGCAGAAAGCCCACAAACGGCACUCUUCAGGAACACCGACCCAAAUCUUGCCUCAUCCAGAUAUUCGCAGUUCGAAGUGUCUAACCAAAGCAUCACUAAUCAGGUGGUGAUGAAUGCCAACGGGACGUAUCCCCAAUUCACAACGCAGAAUCCAGGUUGGCCCAACGCUGGAGCUGCUGAGUACACAUAUGCACCCGCAAACGUGUCUCUUCACCAAGCAGACAGUACUCACCAACAGUACGCAAAUUCGACUUGGUCCAACACUGCAGCCGUUGAGGACUCACCUAGAGGACAAUAUCGAGAGGUACAUAUCAAAGAAUGCGUGAAUUGCGGUGCCAGUGUUACCCCUCUAUGGCGUAGAGAUGGUACCGGUCACUAUCUCUGUAAUGCUUGCGGUCUCUAUAACAAAAUUAAUGGUGUUAAUAGACCACCAGUGAGGCCUCCCAAAAAGCCACAGGCGCAACCUGGACCGAGAAGAAAUGGGGUCCAAUGUGCCAACUGUAAAACGGGGAACACCACCCUUUGGAGAAGAAACAAUCAGGGAGAGCCCGUCUGUAACGCCUGUGGACUGUAUUUCAAACUCCACAAUGUCAACCGACCCCUAAGUAUGAAAAAAGAGGGCAUUCAAACCCGGAAACGAAGACCAAAAAGCUCCAACUCUCACAGUCAACCAGCUCCAAGCACCAGUCAAGGGUUAAUUCCAGCUAGAAUGGUUACUCACCAUGGAUAUUACCCUCCAAAUUUACAGGAGGUUGCUUCCGAUCAAUACCAAUUGCCUGUAACAAAUUAUCAAAUAAAUCAGUAUCAACAAAGACUCCCAGGAGCUGAGCAACUUACAAGACCAAUUCCGCAAAACGUAACUCCACUGGAGCCGAUACAAAUAUCUCAAAGCGAUGAACAAACCAGUGUUAUAACAUCGACAUCACAAAGCACUCGUUUUCGCCAUCAUGACGACGAAGACGACGACACUAAUCCAAAUGCUUGAAAACUUGUUCCAACACAAACUAUUUGCGAUGUUUUUGGAUACAACUGUUUCUUCUUCGUCUUGCGUAGUUUUAGCAAGUUUUUAGAAUUAGUAAUUGAAAAGAUUUGCAGUACUUAAUUGAAAUACACUAUAAUAAGUCUAAAUAUUUACUAAUAAUCUAGAUAAACUUGCCAAUAAUAUUUAAUAGGAUUUAGUUACCUGUUUGAAGACAUGUUUAAGUUUUACCGAACAAAAGUUCUCACUUUUUUCAGAUAUUUCUUUAUCCAAAACGAUCGUAAAAGUGAAUGUAUAUACACAAUACCUUUCUAAAACAUGUAAUAUUGAUUCCUAGUCACCUUCUAACGAUUUAAAGUCAGACAUUACUUUAAGUUAUAUUUUUAAUAUUUAUGUGUUUGAAAUUUUACUUAGUUAGGUUUUUGUUUUUUGCCUUAUUGUCCAAAGAUAACAAAAAAAAAUUUAUUACAUUAGGUAUAUUUUACGCUGUGAUAAUUCGAAUUUUUUUAGUAACUUAUUUUGCCAUUUUUCUUAUGUAUCUGGAUAAUGUGCCAUUAUAAAUAGUUACUAAAUUAUAAAGGGUAGUGGAUUCAGUUUUAUUUAUUGUAAUUGGCUUUUUA